AUGGGGAUUAGAGAUCACUUACCAAUUCCAUCCCCUAGCCCUAGCAGCAGUGAGGAGGACAAUGGCGAAGACGAUCCACUUGGGCCUAGAGCACAACGAAUGGUGGACAGAUUCAAAUGGAAGGAUCGUGCUUAUGACGAUGCUUGGUUAGGUGAAUUCACUGAACGUUGUGGACCUUUGGUACAUGACGAGAAUUCAUCUAUAUUCAACAUCUUCCACCAUUUUAUUGACGAUCAGUUGUUGCAGCUCAUAGUGGUUGAGACCAACCGGUACGCGGAGAGGAUUAUUGCUCAAAAUGCAGUAUACACAAAAACAUUACAAACAAGAAGCACAACCGUGACUGCCUGGUUGGAUUGCCCAACAAUGACAAGCACACAAAUCGAGGCACCCGUGCAGUUUCUGCCUACGCCGGGAGACCCUGUCAUACCGUGGUUGCAGUGGAGGCGAUUAUUCGAGAAUUACCUACUCGCUUCGAAUACAGUGAAGGAGUCGCCGGAGCGUAGAAGCGCUAUACUUUUACACUCGCUAGGUCCGGAAGGCCAACGAAUUUUUUACACGUUACCAGAACUAGGAGAAGCAGGUGACGAUAUACUUACAAAGGCAAUGACAACAUUGCAGAGUCAUUUUGCACCAAAAGUUAGUGUGGUGGCUGAGAGAUAUAGAUUUCGUCAGCGUGCACAGCUCCCGCACGAAUCAGUCGACAAUUACAUUGCAGCGCUCCGCGAACUGGCUUCACGAUGCGAAUUUGGUACGUUUGAGAACGAAAUGCUACGAGAUCAACUUGUAGAGAAGACUAAUAGUUCCAAAAUACGAACUAGAUUACUUACAGAAACCGAUGUCAAGCUGGACAAGGCCAUUAAACUAGCAAGGCAGUGUGAAACUGCGAUGAAAGAGGCCAAGUCUAUGAGCGGAGGUGAUACUCAUACAUGCUCUGAGGUGAAAUACAAAGCUAAGCCUAGAGGUGCUAAGGCUGAAUUUAAGAAGGAGAAACAGAGGCCCAGGCCAAAUAGCAAUGCCAAGUGUUAUCGCUGUGGUUCACCUCAACAUUUAGCAAAUUCGCCAGAAUGUACUGCAGGGUCAAAGGACUGCAACUCUUGUGGAAAAAAGGGACAUCUGUCUAGUGUUUGCCGUGGUAAAAGGAAAGUUGUUAAGCAGGUUGAACAAGCGGACGCUAGAGGUGAGACUGAUCAAGAUGGCGACAUGAUUGAAGUAUUGUGUACACGGUCAAGCAACACUGAUUCAAGGAAAAGUGUAUGGGGAACUCUUAAAGUAAACUCUAUAAAUAUUCAAAUGCUUGUUGAUACAGCAUCUGAUGUAUCCUUACUUUCACUUAAAUUAUUUGAUAAAUAUUUUGUUAGAGAUGCAUUGAAACCAUGUAUAAUGCCUAUAACUAGCUAUACAUCUCAUAAGAUAACAACUGUAGGAUGUUUUAAAGCUAAAGUUCAGUUUAAAUCUAAAUGUGCAAAUGCAACAUUUUAUGUAGUAACUAAAGGAAGUAGCCUAAUAGGCAAGGAUCUAAUCCAAGCACUUGGAAUUAACAUUGAUGGUAGUACGUUGACAUGUUUUGAGACACAUGCUGAGUCUACAUGUACUGAUGUUAACUCACAAUUUUCAUGUUUGUUUUCAGAUACCUUGGGUAAGGUUAAGGGGUUCAAACAUAAGGUUAAAGUUCGCCCAGAGGUUAAGCCAGUCCAACAAAAGCUGCGUAGACUGCCAUUGACUGUGCGUCAAGCCGUGUCCGCUGAAUUACAACGUCUUCUAGAUGCAGGGAUUAUUGAACGCGCUGAAGCGCCAGAGUGGGUUUCACCAAUUGUAGUUGCAUGGAAAAAGACUGGAAAAAUUCGCAUAUUUGUUGAUUUAAGAAAACCCAAUGAAGCUGUUAUUGAGGACAAAUUUCCUCUUCCUUCAAUUGAAGAAAUGUUAAGCGAGAUGAAUGGCGCGACAUACUUUUCUAAGCUCGAUCUUAAAUCAGCUUAUUACCAACUGGAAUUAGAUUCCGACAGUCGCGACCUUACAUCAUUUAUUACGCAUGAUGAUGUUUUCCGAUUUCGUACAGUUUGUUUUGGUUUAUCUUCAGCCCCUUCAUGUUUCCAAAAAAUGAUGUCGACUGUAUUAGCAGGAAUUCCAAACGUACAAUGUUUUAUCGAUGAUAUUAUUAUUUACGGACGCGACAAAGCCGCGCAUGAUAAAACAUUAUUUUCAGUGCUUACCCGUUUGAAAGAACGUGGUAUGACGCUAAAUGACAAAUGUGAGUUCGGGGUACCUUCAAUGAAAGUAUUAGGUCAUGUUAUCGAUGACAAAGGUAUUCACCCUAGUGACGAAUUAGUCCAUGGAAUUGCUAAAGCUGCAAUACCCCAGACUAAUCUCCAACUUAAGUCAUUUCUAGGACUCGCAGGUUUUUAUGCUAGGUUUGUGCCAAAUUUUUCAGCAAAAGAGUGUCUCAAGUUUCUUAAAAAUAACAUAUGA